CUUAGAUCUACAUGUGGACGGAUGAAGUCAAGAUAAAUAAAUGGGUCACUCAGUGUUUUUGCGUCAUCUUGACCCAUUCCAGAUCGAUUGAAAAGUAAUUCUUUCAGUAUCAGUGCGAGCCAUCACUAUCAGCGAGGUUGAAGUAAACGAUGACGCCAAUUUACUAUCUGACGAGCAUGCUUGAUAGCUAUAUCUUUGACUUCCUCGGCGACUUCCCUUUGAAAACGUAUGUGAUUGUUUCCGCGAUCACGUUUAUGCGAAUUUCGACGUUCGAGAGAAGAAAGAUAUCAAAGUUGCCACUUCACCCGAUUAUUUUGUGAAGGCUCUACGGCAGUAUUCGGAAUGAAUGUAAGCAAUGCUACCGGCGGGAACGACAUGACAUCUUGCAUUUCAACAGAGGAUCCUGUGGCAGCUAAAGUCUGCAAGACCUUUGCCUACUGCUUGCUUCUUGUAGUGUCACUUAUUGGAAACACUUUGAUCAUCAUGGUAGUUUAUCGAGACGACAAAAUGAAAACCACCACAAACUUACUCAUCGUAAAUAUGGCCAUUUCCGACCUCUUAGUUCCAAUAUUCGCCAUGCCCCGGGCUAACGUCGAGAUAAUCUUCGGAAAUCACCGAUGGCUUAUAGAUGGCGCAUUCGGAGAAGCCCUUUGCAAACUCACGGCAUUCUUUCAAGACAUCUCUACGCUGGUUUCCGUUCAGACCUUGGUGGCGAUCGCUUUGGACCGUUUCUACGCUGUUUGGUUCCCACUAAAAGCUCUACGAAUAAAACCUAGAGUGAAAUACGUUAUUUUGCUCAUCUGGUCGAUAUCAACAGUUAUUCAUGCCCCAUAUCUCUACGGAUUCCAGAUUCGCACUUUUAACGACGGUAAAACAUACUGUUUUUUGGGCUGGUCGGGAGAUGUUACGAAAAUUGUCUUUUUAGCGCUGAUAACAUUAAUUUAUGUGAUACCGCUGUUUUUGAUAACAGUUUUUUAUGGUCUAAUAGUUCGAAAGCUGAGAAAGCAAACACUGUAUGGGGUACAGAAUUUAGUGGUUCACUUUAGCCGCCGCGGAAAGAGAAAUCGUAAUGUACUUAAGAUGUCUUUGGCAAUCGUGGUGGUAUUUUUCUUUUCAAUGUCACCGUUUGUAGUGUAUUUAUUAAUUGGACUUUUCAGUCCUGAAGGUUCAGUUUGUCUUUCUAAGAACUUUCGCUUUGUAACUCAGUAUUUAGUACACUGUAAUGGCGCUUUGAACUUUUUCGCCUACUUUAUCUUCAAUCAGAGCUACCGUCACGGUUUUUCAAUGAUUCUUUCACGAGUUUUCUGCGCUUCAUCUUACCGUUGUCAUUGGAAAAAAGAAGGGGAACUAACUUCACCCUCUAUCGGACGAGAAUCGCACAAAGUUACCAGAGGAAUUAGUAACCAUGGACUGGACUUAGACCAUAAGGAUGUUGUUCUUACUCAGUUGCACCCACUAGAAAAAAUUGAGUGAAAGGAAGGGACAAAUAGAAAUAUCGAUAACAUCUGAACAGUCUAAUUAAUCCAAUAAAGGCUGAAAGUUUCUAAAGAAACUGUGG